UAAACAAGACAGAGAGAUAGCGGGCAAGCGACUUGACGCGAAAGUGGAAAAUAGAAGGCUGCCUGGCCUGUGGAAGAAGGAAAGAAGCGGAGCCGGACCGUUAGGGAGUAAAGCGGAAAGAAGGAAGGGGAUAAGAGGUGAAACAGCAGCCUGGAGCAUUGGGCGAGGCUUUAUACGUUUGACGGCCGCUUUGAGCAUGCUGCAAGUGGUAGCCGUCGAGCCUUUGAAGGCAACCGUAGUAGCGAGAAGUGUCGAGUGCACAAAGCAAAUAGUUAAUGGCCUCUUUUGUGGAAGGUCGGUUGCAAGGAGUCGCCCAGGCUUGGCUGGAGACGCCAAGCAUGUCUGUGCAUAG